AACUUUGAAGUGUCGUCUUAUCGCAAAGGUUGUGCUUGUGCUGUUGUGCACUCCCUAAACCCUUCGAACUUCCAGAAGCCUCUCCUCCUCUCAUCUCCACACUCUCAUAUCUGCAAAUUAAGGGUUAGGGUUCGGAAUUCCCCCCCUCUUUUCUGUUCUUAACAGAUGGCUUCUUCAAGUGCACAGAUACACGGUCUCGGAACCCCCUCUUUCGCUGCUUCACUUAAGAAGCCCAAUUCUUCUCAUUCUCGAACCCUAUUCUUAGGUCAGAGACUAAAUAAUACUACAGCUUUCCCGCGCUCUGCAUUUCUGAAGCUGAAGACCAGAAGGUCUUGCACUGUGGGCCCAGGUCCAGUCAGAGUCGUCAAUGAGAAAGUUGUCGGCAUUGAUUUGGGGACGACUAACUCCGCCGUCGCCGCCAUGGAAGGUGGAAAACCAACCAUCAUUACGAAUGCGGAGGGACAGAGGACGACGCCGUCUGUGGUGGCUUAUACCAAGAACGGCGACAGGCUGGUUGGUCAAAUCGCGAAGCGCCAGGCUGUGGUGAACCCGGAGAACACUUUCUUCUCUGUGAAGAGGUUCAUUGGGAGGAAGAUGUCUGAGGUUGACGAAGAGUCAAAACAGGUCUCUUACAGGGUUAUCAGGGAUGAGAACGGCAACGUCAAACUCGAUUGCCCCGCCAUUGGUAAACAGUUUGCCGCUGAAGAAAUUUCUGCCCAGGUCUUGAGGAAGCUUGUGGAUGAUGCUUCAAAAUUUUUGAAUGAUAAAGUGACUAAGGCUGUAGUUACUGUGCCGGCAUACUUCAACGAUUCACAAAGGACUGCUACUAAGGAUGCUGGUCGGAUUGCUGGUUUAGAAGUUCUUCGUAUUAUCAAUGAACCAACUGCUGCAUCGUUGGCCUAUGGCUUUGAAAGGAAAAACAAUGAAACCAUCUUGGUAUUUGACCUUGGAGGUGGUACUUUUGAUGUCUCAGUACUUGAGGUUGGUGAUGGUGUGUUCGAAGUGCUGUCUACUUCUGGUGAUACACACUUGGGUGGUGAUGACUUUGAUAAGAGAGUUGUUGAUUGGCUGGCUUUAAACUUCAAGAGAGAUGAGGGUAUAGACCUUUUGAAAGACAAACAAGCCCUUCAGCGCCUCACUGAGACAGCUGAGAAAGCAAAAAUGGAGCUCUCAUCAUUGACUCAGACCAACAUCAGUCUUCCAUUCAUAACUGCUACAGCAGAUGGCCCCAAGCAUAUUGAGACCACCCUUACCAGGGCUAAAUUCGAGGAAUUAUGUUCAGAUCUUCUUGACAGGCUCAAGACACCAGUUGAAAAUUCAUUAAGGGAUGCAAAACUCUCGAUUAAUGAUAUUGAUGAGGUGAUACUUGUGGGGGGAUCUACGCGUAUCCCUGCUGUUCAGGAGCUUGUAAAGAAGAUGACUGGGAAGGACCCAAAUGUUACUGUCAAUCCAGAUGAAGUUGUUGCCCUUGGAGCUGCAGUUCAGGCUGGUGUCUUGGCUGGAGAUGUCAGUGACAUUGUGCUAUUGGAUGUUACUCCGUUAUCAUUGGGACUGGAAACUCUAGGUGGUGUAAUGACAAAAAUUAUUCCUCGAAACACUACUCUUCCCACCUCAAAGUCAGAGGUUUUCUCUACCGCCGCUGAUGGACAGACCAGUGUAGAGAUCAACGUCCUUCAGGGCGAAAGAGAAUUUGUUAGGGACAAUAAAUCUCUUGGCAGUUUCCGCUUGGACGGUAUCCCUCCUGCACCUCGUGGGGUUCCUCAGAUUGAGGUGAAAUUUGACAUUGAUGCCAACGGCAUUCUGUCAGUUGCUGCUGUAGACAAGGGCACAGGGAAGAAGCAAGAUAUUACCAUUACUGGUGCUAGCACCUUGCCUACUGAUGAGGUAGAGAAGAUGGUAAAGGAGGCUGAGAGAUUUGCGAAGGAGGACAAAGAGAAGAGGGAUGCCAUUGAUACUAAGAACCAGGCGGAUUCUGUUGUCUAUCAGACAGAGAAGCAGUUGAAAGAGCUUGGAGACAAGGUUCCUGGCCCUGUAAAAGAGAAGGUUGAAGCAAAACUUGGAGAGCUUAAAGAUGCAAUUUCUGGUGGUUCGACCCAAGCUAUUAAGGAUGCCAUGGCUGCCCUCAAUCAGGAAGUUAUGCAGCUUGGUCAGUCCCUAUACAACCAGCCAGGAACUCCGGGCGCUGGGCCUACACCACCUGGUAGCGAGUCUGGCCCCUCAGAAUCAUCAGGCAAGGGACCCGAUGGGGAUGUCAUUGAUGCAGACUUUACUGACUCUAAAUGAGUUUAUAGAGAUUAAGUGAUAAUUUUUUUUCUAUGGGUGAAUACUUGGGUUUUGUGUUGAGGCUUGUAAUCCUCUAUUAUUUUUAUAUGCAUAUGUACGAUUAAACUUGUUGCCAACGAGCAGUGUGUUAUUAUUGCUUCAUCUGGUAAAUCUCUUGGUUUAAAUAUUUAACUUCACUGAUCAGACUUCAUCUGCUAUUGAAAGUAGCAUUUUGGAAAUUUGCUCUUGUAAAAUUUCAAGAAUUUUAAGUUU